AUGAAUCCCGGAGAGUUCCCCAACCCGGGCGCGGGGCCUGGCCGGCCAGCCCCGAACACUGCGAUGAGGAUGAACGCAAACAUGCAGGUUCCAAAGAAUGACAGUGUGCAAGCUAUGAUGACCUAUGUUGCGCAAAUGUUGCAAAACCAGGGACCAUAUGGAGGUUGGAAGUCCGAAGUCCCAAUCAAGACUCGAGCGACGAAUGUCUAUCAAAUGAUCACCUCCCUCCGUUUGAUCCAACCUCGCAUCGACCUCCACCAAGCGGCCCAGGCGGCCAUGAGUUUCGAAUUAAAAGCAUUCACCAAAGCCAACGAGAAGAGCGAAUAUGAGAAAGAAUGUACCGAAAAACUUCUUCAUAUCAGAAAUACCCGAGAAAGACAGGCCGCGGUCGCUUAUCAAAGUGGAAUGAUGCCCCAGACGGGUGGACAAAAUCAGAUUCCGGGCACGUUUCCACAGCACAUCAACCAGAGCAUGCAGACGUCCCCGGUCUCUGGCCAACAGCAGAUGGCAAUGGGAAUGAAUGGGCAGAACCAGCAGGCAGCAAUCCAGCAGCAACAGCGACAGCAACAGCAACAGCAGUCGCAGGCGAUGCUCCAGCAGCAGCAGCAACAACAACAACGGCCCCAACAGCGCCCUGGCAAUGGUAUUCCGAUGGUCGACGACCUCAGCACACUGUCACCCCAAGAACUUGACCACGUCUCUCGACUAGCAAACGAGAUGUUGAACAAAACAACCCCGGAAGAUAUGGCUAAGAUCAAAUUGAAUCUGUCAAACAUGACACCCGAGCAGCGGCAAUACCUGGCACGGAAAAAGCUUGAACCAAUGACCUAUUUUUUCCGCUCUCAAGCCCUCAACCAGAUCAGACGCCAUCGUCGCGCUCGCCUGGACAUGGCGGGACGUGCUCCAAAUGCCGGGAUGGAUGCGAAUGGUAACAUGAUGGGCGACCCCAUGAUGAAUUCUCAGCACCAACGGCAGAUGCUUCAAAAUAUGCUAAACCUUCAGCGCAAUUCCGCAUUUCCCGGAAAUCCCAGCCAGACGAUGGAACCUCCAAACUUCAUUGGCAAUGUGGAAAACAUCCAAGGCCAGCAAGCAGAUGGCCUGCGCUCACAGGAGGCUGGCCAGCUGGUCGUUCCUGCAAGCUCUUCCCAAAUGAACCAAGCCCCAUUUCCGAAUAAUAACAAUAAUAUGUUCCCACAGCAGAUGGGUCAGAAUGGCCAGGCGAAUUUGAACGCCAAUAACCCGAACGCCCAGGCUCAGUUCCUUGCCCAACAGCAUCUGCAGGGUGGGUCUAAUACUCCCCAGGAUCGAAUGCAGUUUCAGGCACAACAGUCUCAGGCCCAGGCGCGCGCACAAGCGGCCCAGAAGGCCCAAAUGGCGAUGUCGGGCCAUGGUGGCCAAGUCAGAUGUCUCCGGUCCAGGUGCCCGCUCAAGCCCGACCACCGUCUCGACCUGCGAACAUGGGCCAGCAUCCGGCCGGCGUUGCAGGACAGGCUGGGAUGCAAGGUCCGCCCCAAAUUCCUUCCAACAUCCCGCCCCACAUCCAGGAACAACUCGCUCGCAUGCCCCCCCGAACAGGCUCGUGCCAUUAUCAUACAGCAACGUCGUGCCGCUCUCAACAACAUGGCUCGAGCCAACCCCGGUCAGCAGCCGCAAUCCCAACCAGGCCAGGCCCAAUCAAUGAUGAAUAACCAGAUGGGAAACGCUAUGAUGAGAGGCGCAAUGAAUGCCCCGCAGGAUCUGACCUCCGGCGGAAUACCACCAAACCAGCAAAUAACAAUGCAGCAGCGCCAACAACGCCAGAAUGAGGUUUAUAAGCUCCAAUUGCUGCGGCAACAAAACAACGGUGUGGAGAUGACUCCUGAGCAGGCCAAGCAAAUGGACCGUGUGUCUUUCCCACCGUCUAUUUUGAACAUGAAUGGCACCUCGAUGCAAGUUCCUAACAACGUCAAAUCAUGGGGACAACUCAAGCAAUGGGCAAAUUCGAACCCUCAAGUUGCAAGCCCCAACGAUCUCCCGCGCCUCAUGAUGCUUCAGAAGCUUCAUCUUGGUCAACUGAUCUCAGCUUCCACGAAUCAAGUCAGGGACCAAAAUGGCCAGGGUCCAGCGGCAACUCCAUUCCAAAGCACCCAGGUUCCGUUUACGAACGCGCCAGGCUUCCCUCCUGGCCAACAACCAACUGCUAUUAACAUGGCCGCGAUGCGACCAAUCUCUGCCCAGGACAUUCAAAUGGCUCGUCAAAAGCUUGGACCCCAGGUGUCAAGCUGGACCGACGAGCAAAUUCAAAAGUUUCUGUACACAAACCGUCAAAAGCAGUUGCAGGCUGCCCAGAACCGAGCAAUGCAACUUGAAGGAAAUACGCAGCCUGGCCAGCUAAGUCAAUCGGCGGUGCAACCCCCGGUUCCUGCAGCACAAGCUGUCCCGCAAAUCAAACAACAGCAUCCUCAACCCCCGCAAUCGACUCCCCACGCGGCGAAUGUGAAGACCCAAACUGGAGCCACGGCUAAAGGUGCCAAGGGUGCUCCCGGGAAGCAGCCCUCGAAGAAGAGAGCUAGCACUGAUGAUACGACAGAUGCCCGAGUCACAGCUGAACCCCAGAUGAGCCAGCCUGUGGCUGUUCCAGCCCCACCAGGGACGGCCCCCCAACGGCCAGGUCUCCCUUUCACGCAGGAACAGCUUGCACAAAUGACUCCUCAGCAGCGAGCUCAGGUUGAGGCACACAUACGAAGGCAACAGCCUCAAAGUCGCGGCCAGGUACUCAGCAGAGCUGCAGCCGAUGAGGCAUGGAAUAGGAAUCUACCCCCACAGGUUAUGGAGGUCUAUAACGACAUCGCCAAGAACGCCCCACCCGCAAAGCCCAUGCCUGUCUCGCCGGAGCAAAAGGCUGCCAUGACCAAACAACUGCGUGAAGCCUUGGAUGUUCUCGGCCGCUUGGACGCCCUUGUACAAUGGUUUGCAAAGAUGCAAGGCCAGGAGAAGAAUGUGAAAAAUCUCCUCGCCAUGCGUAUUCAAUUGAUGAGACAAUUCAAACCCUCGCAGGAUUGGGUUGUAAAUGAGCAUUUCACAGUUACUCCCGAUUAUCUCAAUGGUGCAAUCCUCUUCAUGCGGAAGUUGUUCGCAGUAAUGAUUUCUCGCAUGCAACAAGGCCAGCGUCCUAACGCCCCCCAACCUCCUGGCUCCAAUACCCAGGCCAUGCAAGGCAACAUGCCAGCACUGAAUGCGACCAACUUGCAGCAGUUGCAGGCGCAGGAAGAGGCCUUACAACGAGCCCGGCGCGCCUCUAGCCAGUCUGUUGCAAAUGCUCCAGCGGCACCUUUCGCGGCACCAUCUCCCAGAGGUGUCCCUCAAUAUGCCCCAGGCGGACUUGCCCCCGAGAAUCUCAAAUUGCCUCCUCCCAAAAAGCGAAAGCAGUCUCAUGGUGUGGCGUCAUCCCCGGUUCAAGCGACUGCAGCUCCUGGCGCAGCAGCAAAAUACAACAAAGCCGUGGCGGACGCCACUUCCAACGCGGCAGCCAUGGCGGGUGCUUUCAAAUGCCGCGUGGUUGAUUGUCAACACCACUACCAAGGAUUCCCUACGCAAGCCGCCUUGGACAAACACAUUGAAGAAAGCCAUCAGCCCGAGGAGGAAGAGAUGAUCGAGGAUUAUCUCAAAUAUUACCAUGAAAGUAUCUCGAUGGGCCUUGGACUGAACCCCAAUGAUAAUGGCCCCGCUUGGAUCAGUGCCACCCUCCACCAAGCUAAGUGCCGCAGCUUCUCCCGCGAAACAAAAUAUCGCUACCCCCUCAUUGCCAACAACACGCCCAUGGCCAGGGUCACUAGCCAAUUCGGAGCUAAGACCGUGUCUCCUGCUGCAUCAACCCAACUACUCACACCGCAGUUGUCGUCUUCCAAGGGAACGAAGCCUACCGGUAAGGAUGGAAAGAAGGAUGUUCUCAAAAUGGAGGAGAGCGACACAAAAGACCCCUGGGCGGAGUGUCCUACCUCGCUUGACACAAUCCAUGAUACUUUUUCAAACCUUGCGAGCAAGGAUCUGCCUCACCUGGGCUAUGAUUCGCUUGAGGACUUCGAUAUCAAUGAAGCCACUCCGGUGGAUGAUGACUGGGCUGCUCUUGCUAGUCUGACUCCUCCGGACGAGGCCGAGGAGGCUGCUUUCUUGGAGAAGUUUUAUGAACCUUGGGACGACGAGUCCAUUGCAUUGGCUGCGGCAAGGAUCCGCAUCCCGCCUGAGAUUCAGGUCAAGGGCAAAGGACCUAUGGGACAGCUUGAGGUUGACUGGGAUGCUGUUGCGCGCUACGAAAGGGAAGGUAUCCCGAUUCGUAUGACUUGA